CUGUAGUAAAUAGAGUACGUGAACGAGUUUGACAAACUCAAAGCUCCCAAAUCUGUGCCCUAAAUUACUUGCCAUGAAAAUGCUUUGAAACGAAUUGAAUUUCUGUUUACUAGCAAUAAGCUUUCUUCAUGGAUCGUCUUCGUCCGAGAGAGAGAAAGGUGUUCUCUGGCUUUACAACAGCUGAGAUUGCGAAAAUGGAGAAGUUGCAUAGAGAAUCGGGAGAACAAUCUCUGGAUCCGGUGUUCUGUAAAAGGAUUUCAAAAGAUUUCAACCGCUCUAAAGGUCGAGUUGGGAAACCUGUUGUGAAGUGGACUGAGGUACAAAGUUGGUUUCAUAAUAGGAAGCAAUCCGAUCCACUGAUGGAUGCAUCUUCACCUAAUUCUCUGGAGAAAUUGUCUGUUGCUCCAGAAGGUCCUCUGAAUAAAGUAUAUAAAAGUCCUCAAGUAUCCAACGGAGAAUGGAUUUGUUGUGGAGUUUUUGACAAAGUCUCGUUCCAAAAUCAGGUGAAACGAUUCCAGAUCUAUCAGAGUUGGAGUUUGAGGCUAAAUCAUCUAAAGAUGGGGCAUGGUAUGACGUGGAUGCGUUUCUCGCCCAUAGGUUUCUUAGUUCAGGAAGUUCGUCUAAGAUUUAUAGGGUUUGGGUCUGAGGAGGACGAAUGGAUAAAUGUGAAAAAUGCCAUCCGGGUUCGCUCUCUCCCCUUGGAGCAUUCGGAAUGUGGAAAAGUGAAAGUUGGAGAUCAGGUGCUCUGCUUUCAGGAGAGGAGAGACCAGGCAAUAUACUAUGAUGUGCAUAUUGUGGAGAUUCAAAGGAGAGUGCAUGAUAUAAGGGGCUGCAGGUGUCUUUUCUUGAUUCGAUAUGACCAUGACAAUACGGAAGCAAGUUCUAUUUCCAUAAGCUGUUAUCAAACUACAAUUUCUUUUAUUUCAAGUUCUUAUAUUAGUAGUUGUUGGUUGAUUUUGUCUUCAGUGGUUACAAAAUGCUUGACAUUGAUAUUGUUCUACCAUCUGUAUUUUUCCAGGAGAGAGUUCGUUUGAGAAGAUUAUGUUUCCGGCCGGUUCAUUAGAUAUAUUUCAAGCUGAAAAUUAUGUCGCCACCGAGAGCCUCUAUUUUCAAACAAGGCUAGUUUUCACUCCACCCCACUUGUUUGGGACAUUACGCAGUAGUUUGGUUUUUAGCCUCUCUUCUGUUGUGUUUCUAUGUACAUUGGGUACAUAUGAAUUGAUAACCUAAGAGCACGUGCAUUGGACUCUUCUAAAAUGUUAAGAAAAACUGUGUCGAAAGAAAAACACAUACCAACUCUCUCUCUCUCCGCGCGGGCGCGCGCGCGUGUUUUGCAACCUAUUUGAAGUUGUUUGUUUGAUAAUGAGGUUGAUAUGCAAUAAUUUUCAUUUUAAAA